AAGCGGGGAGUAGCAGUUGCGACCAGGCGGUGCUCGGGUGAGGGUUGGCAAGGUCCGAGGAGAGGGGAGCGUUCGAAUGUUGGGCAUGCGCAGUGACGUUAACCCUUCCUUGGCAGGGUUAACCCUUUCCUCUCCGGGCGCGUUGUUAACCCUUUCGCUGCUGGACUGAAUUUAUUGGUCUGCUGGGGAAGACCUUUUUGUUUUCAACUUCGAGAGCAUCAGGGCUGCCUUUAAGGACUGAGAAGGCUUUUAACUCCUUGGUGCCUGGAUUUGGGCAGCUUAACCCUUUCAGUGCCCUACUCAGCUGUUGGAUGUGGCACACAUUUUUGCUCAUAUCCCAGCAUUAGAGAGAGAGAGAUUUGGACUCUUGCAACUGGCUUGAUCUUCCCUCCCACCAACAUCACUGUUUGCAUUUCCAGAUGUGCAAAGAGGAAGAGGAGCAAGGAUAGGAAACCCUCCUUCAUCCUCAUCUGUGCUGCCAACUAGCCCUAAGGGAAGAAGCCGCCAGGAGCCGGAGGACUUGCCAAACUGGGACCUUAGAGGAGGAGCUCUGGAGAAACUGAAGGGUUAAAAGACCUUGCAGCUGGGUGAAGUCCUCAGUCCUUGAAAGCAAAGAAGGGAGCCUUAACCACAACACUUGCCAAAGGAAGAGCCAGCGAUGGCCGAAGGGGCUGUGUCUGCCGGCGGGCAGCAACCGAAUGGCAAAACUUUGCCCCUCUCCCCUUGUAAAAGGAGUGCAGGUGGUGGAGACAGAGGAGGCGGAGGCGGAGGCGGAGGUGGACCCUUUUUGGCAUCGCCACCCUCCAGCCAGGAAGAAGCGGACGGCAGGUGGCAGCCGAGAGAGGCCAUGCAGCAGGAUGGAGAAGAUGCCAGCUUUGGUGCCAAAGGGGCAGCUCCUCUCGUCGGGGAAGGCCAAAGUUUUGGUGGCCCGGAAGGUGAAGCAGUGGCCCAGAACUGCGCUGCGGCUGCAGACGACGGGGAGGCACUGGUCCUGCCUUGCCAAGACUACUGUGGUUCUGUUGGCCAAAGGUACAGACCUCAAGGUUUUGGGGAAGAGGAGAGGCAGCUGGGCAAGAAGAAGCACAGGAGGCGCCCUUCCAAGAAGAAGAGGCACUGGAAGCCUUACUACAAGCUCAGCUGGGAAGAGAAGAAGAAGUUCGACGAGAAGCAGAGCCAGCGCGCUUCCAGGCUGCGGGCGGAAAUGUUUGCCAAGGGGCAGCCGGUGGCACCGUACAACACCACGCAGUUCCUGAUGGAAGACCAUGACCAGGAAGAGCCGGACCUGAAGACUGGCCUGUGCCCCAAGAGAGCUGCCACCAAGUCGGAUGAAACCAGCGAGGAAGACUUUGUGGAAGAGGAAGAUGGCGGCAGCGACGGGAUGGGAGGAGACGGAAGCGAGUUCCUUCAGAAGGACUUCUCGGAGACCUACGAGCGUUACCACGUAGAGAGCCUGCAGAACAUGAGCAAACAGGAGCUGAUCAAGGAGUACCUGGAGUUGGAGAAGUGCCUCUCCAAGAUGGAGGAUGAGAACAACCGCCUGCGGAUGGAGAACAAGAAGUUUUUGGGGGACUCCACGGAGGACCCCCGGGUAAGUGAGUUAGAGCAGGAACUGGACAGGUUGAGAGCUGAGAACCAGAAACUCUUGAAAGAGAACGAACUCAGCAGACAACAGGAGAAGUCGCUCUCCAAACUGGGAGAGUAAAGGCAGGGGCUUUUCUGAGGACUUAAGCGGAAAGAGACUGAAAAACCCUUCCCAGGAUGAGAAUGCAAGAUCUAUAUCCAUAUUUUGUGUGUGUGUGUGCGUGCGCGUGUGUGUACAUAUAUAAAUAUAUAUAAAAAGACAAAUGGACCUUUCCUCUUUUGAUGAUUUAAUCAGAAUAAAUCCCAAAUCACACACACGGUUUUUUUGAAGAUAGCUCUAACAUUCUGUGUGCUCUUUUUUAAAGAUGAUGUAUAAUCGAGGGAUCUUUGGGGUGCUUUUUAAAACAGGGCAACAUUCAGCAUUUGUGAGGGGACUUUUUAAAAUACAUCUGACUUACCAAAACUUUGAUUUUGUGUUUCUUUUAAAGGAGAGACUAGUGGGUUUGGGGGGGGGG